GCGAGGGGGGAUCUGGGAAGGAGGGGGGCGGUGGACUGCAGCUUUUAGAAACAGACACACUGAGAAGAGGGGUUUCAGUCUCAGCCCAAAGCUUCUAACAGGCACAUCCCAUUCUUGAAGAGAGGGGGACCGAGAGACACUCGCCGUGUCCAUGUUUUUUCCUGUCAUCCCCGCUCGAAUCUGACUGUACCCCUCAGACUUUAGCAGAAACGCUUCUCCAUAUCGAGGAAUUUACACUUCAGUUUCAUCAGAGGACACUGGAGGAGACGCAACCACUAAUGCUUGCGUUCCCUUAAAUAUGUAGCCAACAAAUAUUAACUGAACGACCGAUUUACGCUAACGUUCCUGCGUAAAAUAUUUUUUGAGAGACCAGUGCAGGACAUGAUCUGCACCUGACCAGACUCCUGUCUUCACUAAAUGGACUGAUCAGCACGAGAUAAAGUUCGUCGCGCGCUGAAGAACUUCUGCACACUGGAAUCGGAAGCACUUCGCUUUGAACGGAUAGCGAUCUUUAUUAAUUCAAAUUAAAGCUACAUAAUCAAGGCGAGACGGCGACCUCAGUCGAUUAUCUUUCCUUUCUUUGCUAUCCCAUGGAUAUUCACUGCAAAGCAGACCCCUUCUCGGCGAUGCACCUUGUAUCCCAUAUAGGGCACGGCGGUGUGAACCAGCUAGGAGGGGUGUUUGUGAAUGGCAGACCCCUACCUGACGUGGUCAGGCAAAGAAUCGUGGAGCUCGCGCACCAAGGAGUCAGACCUUGUGACAUCUCAAGACAACUACGGGUCAGCCAUGGCUGUGUCAGCAAAAUUCUCGGAAGCUAUCAAAAGGAUCUUAUAAGAUACUAUGAAACCGGCAGUAUUAAACCUGGAGUUAUUGGGGGUUCCAAACCGAAAGUGGCAACACCCAAAGUUGUGGAUAAAAUCGCAGAUUACAAGCGGCAGAAUCCCACAAUGUUCGCCUGGGAGAUCAGAGACCGACUCCUGGCCGAGGGCGUUUGUGACAACGACACAGUACCAAGUGUUUCAUCUAUAAACAGGAUAAUUCGAACCAAAGUUCAACAGCCUUUCCAUCCAUCCUCUGACGGCACAGGAACACCUCUCACCACAGCGGGACACACUAUAGGUGAUCUUGAGAGCACUCCAUAUACGUUAACCUAUUCCUGUGCUCUUUCAGUGCCCAGCACAGCCUCCCCACCUGUGUCAAGCGCUUCCAAUGACCCCGUGGGGUCCUACUCUAUUAAUGGCAUCCUAGGAAUCCCUCGCUCCAACGGCGAAAAGAGAAAACGCGAUGAUGUUCUCUGGAGUGGCAACCACUUGGAUGGGAGGAAAAUAGGAUAUUAUGGUUCAGAUGGCUCUGGCCCAAACAGUGAUUCUCAGGGUAGUGUGGAGAGUUUACGGAAGCACCUGAGGGCAGAUGCCUUCACUCAACAGCAGCUGGAGGCUCUGGAUCGAGUGUUUGAGCGGCCGUCAUACCCCGACGUCUUCCCUACGUCAGAACACAUCAAGCCAGAGCAGGCUAAUGAAUACACGCUACCAGCACUGAACCCUGGACUGGAUGAAGUCAAGCCCAGUCUGUCAACCAGCGUCAGCUCAGAUUUGGGCUCCAGCGUGUCACAGAGCUACCCGGUAGUGACAGAGUCAUAUUCAUCCUCCAUGUGCGUUAAGCAGGAGCCGCAUGAGGCUUCCCUGGCUCCUUUCACCCCUUCCUCACUGGCAGUCUCGGGCCUAGCAGAACUGCUGUCCCUCCAGCCCAGCGUGUCGGUAGAUGCCUCCACCCCCUGCUACGGUGCCUAUGCCCAUCAUGCCCCAAGCUACGUCCAGUAUGCAAGCCAGCCUAUUAUAGCAGGUCGAGACAUGGCGAGCACAACCCUACCAGGAUACCCACCUCACGUUCCCCCCACUGGGCAGGGCAGCUACCCCACCUCUACACUUGCUGGAAUGGUCCCUGGAAGCGACUUUUCAGGAAAUCCCUACUCUCACCCGCAGUACACAACUUACAAUGAAGCUUGGCGGUUCAGCAACCCCGCGUUAUUAAGUUCCCCUUAUUAUUAUAGUGCCGCAUCACGGGGCUCCGCCCCUCCCACUGCUGCCACUGCCUAUGACCGCCACUAGUUACCAUGGCAACCCAAUCAAACUGCAGGACCAUGGCCGCGGCCUCCAAAUCGUACCAGUCUGAAUGGCGUUAAGGUCAGAGGGAUUGAAGAUGGCUACGCAAUCUUCAGUUUCACAGGGCCGAGAUCGGAUUAGGAGGGUCAAGCAACAGUGGGUCCCCCCCGACCCCCUCCCAGACAUCGACUAUACCCCCCUCAUGCAGCAUCAUCACUAAGGCUCUCAUUCUCUAAAUCACUGAACAAUGACUGAACUAUUUCCUGAAAAGACUUUGAAAGAUUCUACAAAAUUAUAUAUAUUAUACAAAAUAUAAAACAAGUCGAACCGUGUGAAGAAGUACGAAGUAACAAUUGAUGUGUUGUUGUUUUUUUUGUUUUUGUUCUCUCUUUAAAUCAAUCAAUACAUUCCUUUACAUACUGUAUUUAGUAAAACUAACAGAUCAAACACAAGCAAGGUUGCCUGAGGCCUUUAAUGUAAUUUGCCCUUGUCCUACACCAUUUCACUAGUGUCUUACCUCUCACGGACGGAACAGCGACGUGUCAGCUGAGCAGAAAACUGCAGUAUUGCUCCAUCUUCUGUCAAACAGACAAGUGUAACAGUCUUAGAAGCCAUCUCUGACUCGUGGUAUGAAAUUACCAACAUGAUUUAACAUUUUCUGUGAUACACAAUCAAAAUGGGGGAAAGAAAAUAGAAAAAAAAAGAUAAAACAGGUCAGACACUGAAUAAGUUGUAAACUGUUGCUGUAUAUGACCUGACAAGAAAACCGUAUAUUAAAUUAUUGUUUUGGUUUAGCUGAUGGUUUGUGUGUGCAUUUGUGUGUCAUACCUUUUCGGGAUAUUCCAUUUUAUCAUGUGUAAACUCCAAUAUCAUGAUGGGUGCCGCUCUUUUCUCGUUUGCACUAUUUUGCAUUACUGGAUUUAUAAGUACAAUGAAUUGCAAUUAUCUCUGAAAGUUUGUCAGAUUACAUGUUCUAUUUAAGUAAAAAGGUCAUCUCGAAUUGACAAAGCAACCACAACAUGGGACAAAAAACAUUUGCUAUAUGCUAGAAACUAGUAUAUUCAUUUUUCUGUGUGGAUUCCUUAAAAAACUUCCUCAAAAGGACCAUUUUUGUAUCGGGUGACUGAGACAGAACGACUCUGACUGGCUCAGUACCAAUGUAAUCAUUAGCAGUCAAUUGUACAACAAGUUCAACAAAUGCCUUACAGCUUUUUUAAUUUAAUUUUUUUUAUGGUUUGGCUAUGGUCCUGAGAGGUAGACAUGCAUGUAACCCUUCUGUGUGGAUGAACAAACGUUCCUCCAAAUGUUAUUUGGGACACCGAGGAUAGAAAUGGAAACGGUCCAAACAUACACUCCUGGAAAUGUAAAGUGAAUGUACUUUAUACCACGUUUGCCAAAGACUUAGUUUGAUAUUUAAUAUUUUAUUUGCUGUAUCUGUCAAUAAAACAGUAUUAUGUUUCAAUAGUAGUCAAUACUGAUUGUAUGUGGUAAUGGUGAACGAAAAGGAAAAGAUCCAUCUUAGCCCCACAGCAAUGUACACAAAAAGGUGAAUUCUGUUACUUAAACCUAUGUCAUUUGCAACAAAAUGCUGCUUUGUAGAAUGAUUUGUGUAUAAUGUGAAAACAGUUCUUCUGUGUAUAUAAGAUCACUUACAUUUCACCGUUACAGAAUCCUACUAAUUUACUGAUUCCAUUUGUAGAUAUGAGAAAUGAAAGGGGGAAAAAAAGAUUGACAUUACAUUUGUGUCUUCAAUGUGUUGUGCUUUGCAGAGAUGCACAACAAAAUGUUUGAAACCCGUCCUGCAUCGGUGGCUGGGUUUCAGAUGAUAUCACCACGUGCAGCUGUUUGUAUGUUUUGUUUUGGCUCACUUUUACUUAACUAGUUCAUACUGUUGAAGUCUCUAUGCAAAUCAAGUAAAAUGGUAUUUUGUAUUCUCCUUUACUACUGCGUUCAAUUUUACCCUUCAUUUUAAAUGAUCCCUAAUAAGUCUGUAGAAUUGAACAAAUACAUUUCACAUGCCUGG